CCAACUACUUCAAGUAUACCUAACUGAAGAAGCAAACAACCAUAGAUGGCAGUCGCUAAACAGCUAAGAACAUUCUCCUUCAAAAUAUUUUGGUUUAUUCUCUCUUGUAGCCUUCAUUGCCUUGCUUCACCUCACCAUCAUAACUUCGUGGUCAAAGAAGCUCCAUACACAAGACUGUGCGGCACAAAGAAGAUCCUCACUGUAAAUAGACAAUUUCCGGGUCCAACCCUCAGGGUUCAUAAAGGGGAUAAAAUUUUUGUCAAGGUUCAUAACAAUGGAAAAUACAACAUCACAAUUCACUGGCAUGGAGUGAAACAGCCUAGGAACCCGUGGUCAGAUGGUCCUGAAUACAUAACGCAGUGCCCAUUUCAACCAGGAGCAAGUUUCACACAGAGGAUUAUAUUUUCUACAGAAGAAGGGACUCUGUGGUGGCAUGCUCACAGUGACUGGUCACGUGCAACAGUCCAUGGAACUAUUUUUGUAUACCCAAAACAUGGAACUAGCUACCCUUUCCCUAAGCCUGAUGCCGAGGUGCCAAUUAUAUUGGGAGAGUGGUGGAAGAAAGAUGUGAUGAAGAUCCUACAGGAAUUUCUUAAAACUGGGGGAAGCAAACUAUAAAGCCCCAACGUCUCUGAUGCUUUCACUAUAAAUGGUCAGCCCGGUGGCACGUAUCCAUGUUCAAAAUCAGAAACAUUUCGCCUAUUUGUCGAUCAAGGCAAAACUUAUCUACUCCGCAUGGUAAAUGCCGCUGUGGACACCAUUCUCUUCUUCGCUAUUGCACACCAUAAUCUUACGGUUGUUGGCACAGACGGAAGCUACACUAAACCAUUAACAAGCAACUACAUUGCAAUUUCUCCUGGGCAAACCCUAGAUGUUCUUCUUCACGCCAACCAAAUCUCUAACCUUUAUUACAUGUCAGCGAGAGCUUAUUCGAGUGGCGUUAAUGUUCCUUUUGACAAUACCACAACCACAGCUUUAAUUCUAUACAGUGGAAACUACUCACUUUCAUCUCCUGCCUUGCCUUAUCUUCCUUAUUAUAACGACACAACUGCAGCCUUCAAUUUUAUCGAAAACCUUCGAAGUUUAGCUAAAAAAGAUCAUCCCAUUGAUGUCCCCUUAAGCAUUAACACUAGAUUAAUCUCCACAAUUUCAGUAGACACAUUUCCCUGCAGCGAAAACCAUCCAUGCGAAGGACCAAACGGAACUCGCCUUUCGGCUAGCAUGAACAACAUAAGUUUUGUUGACCCUUUCAUUGAUAUACUUGAAGCUUACUACAAACACAUCAACGGGGUGUAUGGAUACCGUUUUCCACGGUUUCCUCCAUUGAUGUUUAAUUUUACAGCAGAUUAUUUGCCGAUCAUCUUAGAGAUACCGGAACAAGGAACGGAGGUGAGGGUGUUGAAUUAUAAUUCUACAGUGGAAAUAGUGAUGCAAGGUACGAAUUUAGUGGCUGGAAUCGAUCACCCCAUGCAUUUGCAUGGACACAGCUUUUUUGUUGUAGGAUUAGGGUUUGGAAAUUUUGAUAAAGACAAGGACCUGGAAAUUUUGAACACCGUUACUGUGCCUAGAAAUGGCUGGGCAGCCAUCAGAUUCAGGGCAAACAACCCCGGAGUUUGGUUCAUGCACUGUCAUUUAGAGAGGCACCUCACUUGGGGAAUGGAGACAGUAUUCAUCGUGAAGGACGGCAAAAAACCUGAAGGAAGGAUCCUGCCUCCACCAGAAGACUUGCCCCCAUGUUAAACAGAAUUAGAACUUGAAAUUUGUAUGCUUAAUUAAGAUCUAUAUAUUAAGUUCCAAAAAGUUAAAACAUCUUUAAAAAUUAACAUAUAUUCAUGGAUGGAAUUUACGACUUUUGUUUCAGAUAUUUUGAAAUGUGGUAGAAGUCAAAUCUCAGAUCGGGCAUUUGUCAAAUCUACGACUUUUGAA